AUGGCAAUUUAUAAUUUUUAUGGAAGCCACCCCUCUGUCAAACUCCUUAAAUUUGCGGAUGACACAACCCUCAUUGGACUAAUCUCCAAUGGGGACGAGGCAGCCUACAGAAAAGAAGUUGACAGCCUGGCUUUCUGGUGCAGCCAGAAUCACCUGGAGCUGAACGCCUGUAAAACAGUAGAGAUGGUAGCAGACCUCAGGAGGAGCCCAGGCCCAACCAUCCCCCUCAUCAUGUGUGACUCCCCAACUAACUAUCACCACCUUCUGUUGACAGAUUCUAGCUUCAAGACAGAGUUCCUGCAGAGCCACAACGAGUACCGUGCUAAGCACGGCGUGCCCGACCUGGCCAUGAGCGACGAGCUGUGCAGGUCAGCUCAGGCGUGGGCCGACCACCUGGAAAACAUCAACAAGAACAGCAGCAUGAUGAGCCUGCAGCAUAGCGACACCAAGAAUGGAGAGAACCUGUUCUUCUCCUCCAGCUCUGCACCCAUCACACUCACUGGUAUGGCUGCCACCCAUGGAUACCACAGAGAACAAGAGAGGGCUGGCCUAAUUAGCGCUCACACUGAUUGGUGACAUUUGCAUAAUUUCUGGCUUUCUGUUUCUCUCUCUCUCUUUUUCUCUUUGUCUUUCUUUCUUUUUUUCUUUUGAUUCUGUCUUUGUUUAGGAAAAGAAGCAGUUGAGAACUGGUACAGCGAGAUCAAGGAUUAUGAUUUCAGCAAUCCUAGUUUCGGAUCUAACACAGGUAAAUUGAUUAUCAUAUGUUAUAAAACAAUUGGGUUCUAUUGAAUUAUUUAGCUGUUUCUGAUUGGACGAGAGACGUUCCAUGA